CAUCCAAUCAGUUUGUAGUGCUUAGCCUGAUGAGUGGGGCGAUAUCUCCCAAAUUACAAUUGACAAGCAUUAGUUUCGAUAAUACUUCGUAUAAAUGGGGAUGCCGGUCAGCCUCGAAAGCUAGUUCUAACUAGACUAUCAGCUCGCAAGUGCUACAACCUACCCCAACCCAUUCAUCAUGGCUUGCCUUGAAAUCUGCCUGGCCCUCUUGGGCAUAGCUCUGCUGGUGUACAAGUGGUCCAUUGGCACCUUUAAGACCUUUGAAACCCGGAAACUGCCCUACGAAAAGCCCUGGCCCUUCUUCGGGAACGUGGCCGCCUCGGCACUCCAGCGAAUCUCAACCCAAAAGCAGCUCACCGAAUUCUACCUGCGCAACCGUCAGCACAAAGUGGUGGGCUUCUUCAACCUCCGCAAGCCCGUUGUGCAGGUAAACGAUCCCGAACUGAUCAAGAAGAUCUGCGUGAAGGACUUCGACCACUUUCCCAACCACAACUUUCCACUUGCCACCAAAGAGCGCCUGCUGAACGACAUGAUCAAUGUGAUGAAGGAUCAGCGCUGGAAGCGCAUGAGGAACACCCUUUCCCCGGUCUUCACAUCGGCCAAGAUGCGCACCAUGUUCGUCCUGAUGAACGACAGCUUCGGCGAGUGCAUGCAGCACCUGAAAAAGCUAUCGGGUAGCACCACCUCCGAAGCGGGCAUCGAAGUGGACAUGAAGAUACUGUUCAACAAGCUCUCCAACGAUAUCAUCGCCACCACCGCUUUCGGUCUGAAGGUGAACUCGUUUGAGAAUCCGGAAAACGAGUUUUAUUCCGUGGGCCAGUCUCUGAUCUUCUCCACGCCAGCUCAGUUCUUUAGGUUUACGCUUUCUGCCCUGAUGCCCAAAGUUUUUACUUUUUUCAACAUGACAGUCUUCGAUGGCAAGAAGGUGGAUUACUUUGUGAACCUGGUACUGCAAGCCAUGAAGUUGCGCGAAGAGCAGGGCAUCACCCGCCCCGAUAUGAUCCAACUGAUGAUUGAGGCCAAGAAGGAGGCCGAGAAUAAUUGGACGGAUGACGAGAUAGUGGCCCAGUGCUUCGUCUUCUUCUUCGCUGCCUUCGACAACAACUCCAACCUCAUUUGCAUUGCGGCCUACGAGCUGCUUAAGAAUCCGGAGAUCCAGGAACGUUUGUACCAGGAGGUCAAGGAAACGCGAGAGUCCCUGAAUGGCGGCUCCCUCACCUACGAUGUUGUGCAGAAGAUGACCUACAUGGACAUGGUAGUCUCGGAGACCCUGAGGAAGUGGACCCAAAAUCCCUCCAUAGAUCGUGUUUGUUCCAAGCCAUAUACCCUAACUGAUGAGGACGGCAACAAGCUCUUCGACUUCAGAAAGGGUGAUCUGGUUACCAUUCCCGUAGCCGGCCUACAUGGCGAUGAUCGGUACUUCCCCGAUCCUAGAAAGUUUGAUCCUGAGCGUUUCAGCGAGGAUCAGAAGAGUGGCAUACCGCCAUUUACCUACAUGCCCUUCGGUGUUGGACCUCGUAGCUGCCUAGCCAUUCGAUAUGCCCAGAUGCUGGCUAAGGGCUUGCUGUACAACCUGAUGUUGAACUUCAAGAUAGAGCCGUCUCCCAGGACCCUCGAGGAUAUGUGGGAGGAGGCCCGUAGCUUUAGCCUGACCCCAAGAUCGGGUCUCUAUAUGCAGUUGGUGCCACGCCAAUAGCCGAAUUCGUAACCCAAAAGACUGAAAGUGUGAUAACUGGAACUUAUGAACAAGCCGGGCCAAUAUGACAAACGAUGUCAGUAUUAUUUUGUUAUACUUGUCCGGUAUACACAGGACUUGAAAGAUUUACCUGAAAUAAAUAGAAGAUAGGAAAAU